AUGAUGUCUUACCUCAAACAACCCCCCUACGGCAUGAAUGGGCUGGGCCUCGCAGGGCCAGCCAUGGAUCUGCUGCAUCCCUCAGUGGGAUAUCCGGCCACCCCUCGGAAGCAGCGACGAGAGCGAACCACCUUCACACGUUCACAGCUGGAUGUACUGGAGGCACUUUUUGCCAAGACUCGAUACCCAGAUAUUUUCAUGCGGGAGGAGGUGGCCCUUAAGAUCAACUUACCUGAGUCCAGAGUCCAGGUAUGGUUCAAAAACCGGAGAGCUAAAUGCCGACAGCAGCAGCAGAGCGGAAGUGGGGCCAAAAGCCGCCCCACUAAGAAAAAGUCUUCACCUGCUCGAGAGAGCUCAGGCUCGGAAAGCAGCGGCCAGUUCACACCACCUGCAGUGUCUAGUUCUGCCUCAUCCUCCAGCUCUGCUUCUAAUUCUUCUGGAAAUCCUGCCGCAGCAGUAGCAGCAGCAGCCCUGGGAGGAAACCCUGCAGCGGUGGCCGCGGCAGCUGCAGCUUCAUCCCUGAGCACUCCUGCUGCCUCCUCCAUCUGGAGCCCUGCCUCUAUCUCCCCAGGCUCAGGUCCCUCCUCCGUCUCUGUUCCAGAGCCUUUGCCAGCACCCAGCAACACAUCCUGUAUGCAACGCUCUGUGGCUGCAGGAGCGGCUUCAGCUGCAGCUGCUUCCUAUCCUAUGUCUUAUGGUCAAGGUGGUGGCUAUAGCCAGGGUUACCCUGCGCCUUCCUCUUCUUACUUCGGUGGUGUGGACUGUAGCUCCUACCUGGCACCCAUGCACUCACACCAUCACCCUCAUCAGCUUAGCCCCAUGACCCCUUCAUCCAUGUCUGGUCAUCACCACCACCACCACCCACACCACCCAUUAAGCCAGUCUUCCAGUCACCACCAUCACCACCACCAUCACCACCAUCAGGGUUAUGGCAGCACGGGGCUUGCCUUUAACUCCUCAGAAUGCCUCGAUUACAAGGAGCCUGGGGCCACUGCAGCGUCUUCUGCCUGGAAACUCAACUUUAAUUCCCCUGACUGUCUGGACUAUAAGGACCAGGCCUCUUGGAGGUUCCAAGUCUUGUGA